CAAACGUUAAGCCCUCUCUAUUAUUUCCACCAAUAAUUCAUAUUACAAUAAUUCUCCAAAUUAACUAAAUCUUAAUUAAAUGGCUCCGCCGCCAGCGCCGGCAACAACCCAAGUCGUAUCGCCGGUAACUUCUUUGGUUGUAAGAAUUCUAACCAUAAUUUGUCUCUUUGUAUCGCUCGUCGUUCUUUUCACUGCCUCUGGAUACGCCUCCAACCGAUAUUAUUACGUCAAAGUUACUUUCAAGAAUGUCAAUGCAUUCCGGUACUUAUGUUCGGCUUUGGUGAUCGGGUUGGUAUAUACAUUGGCCCAGACUGGCUUAGCCGUGUAUCAAAUUAUUACCGGCAGUAAUUUUGGAGGAGAUACUUUAAUUUAUUUUGAAUUUUACGGUGACAAGGCGUUAUCAUAUUUAUUGGCCACCGGCGGUGCUGCGGGACUUGGAAUGACACAAGAUGUCGAAGGAAUAACGGAUCGACUAGGACUCGACCGCUUUAUAAACAAGGCCAAUGCUUCUAUUGCUCUUUGUUUACUUGGAUUUGCAUUUUCGAUUUUAUCUUCAAUUUUUUCGUCUUUUAAUCUUCCAAAAAUGUCCGUAAAGGUACCAUCGAGUGUUUAAUUAUAUUAUUAUAUGUGCGCUCUACGUUACGGGUAAAAAUGUUUUUAAAUUUUUUUGUAAUCAAUUGUUGUAUUUUUCUAAACUCAUUUGAUUGUAUUACUUCUUUUGUUGAAUGUCUCGGAACAAUUUAUGUACUAUUUAG